AUGAAGAUGAUGAAGGUGAGGAUGAUGAAGAUGAAGGUGAGGAUGGUGAAGAUGAAGGUGAGGAUGAUGAUGAUGAAGGUCUCAGCCGAUGGUGAGGCCGAAGCCGCAGUGGAAUUUCUCCUUCCUGCGGUUGAUGAGGAUGAUGAUGGUGACGAUAACGAGGCUCAGGAUGAAGAUGAAGCUCAGGAUGAAGAUGAGGAUGGUCAGGAUGAUGAAGAUGAUGAUGAUGAAGGUCUCAGCCGAUGGUGAGGCCGAAG